AGGCCGAGCGCGUCCCUUUUCCCCGGCGCCGCCAUUUGGGCAGCAGCAGCUUCGGCCCUCCGUCCGCCGCCAUGCAGAUCUUUGUGAAGACGCUGACGGGGAAAACCAUCACCCUCGAGGUGGAGCCGUCGGACACGAUCGAGAACGUGAAGGCCAAGAUUCAGGACAAGGAAGGUAUCCCCCCUGACCAGCAGCGACUCAUCUUUGCGGGCAAGCAGCUGGAAGAUGGCCGCACUCUGUCCGACUACAACAUCCAGAAGGAAUCCACUCUUCACCUUGUGCUGAGACUCCGGGGUGGUGCUAAGAAGAGAAAGAAGAAGUCUUACACCACUCCCAAGAAGAACAAGCACAAGAGAAAGAAGGUUAAGCUUGCUGUGCUCAAAUACUACAAGGUGGAUGAGAACGGUAAAAUCAGUCGCCUGCGUCGAGAAUGCCCCUCUGAGGAGUGUGGGGCUGGAGUCUUCAUGGCGAGCCACUUUGACAGACAUUACUGUGGCAAAUGCUGUCUGACAUACUGCUUCAAUAAACCAGAAGACAAGUAAAUGCAUCUUAUAACAAUAAAAACUCAAGUUGUAUGAUAUUUAGGAUUCAUUUUUUUUCUUUCCUUGCAAUAUAUGUAGCACUGCCUUUAUUUAGGAGCAAUUUGAGUCUGUAGAACAUCAGGGAAUGUGAAUGCUCUGUUUGCUUAACAAUGAGCUAAUGGUGUUACAUAUGCCUAAGAAGUUUUCUAACUGGAUUUAGUGAUGUCAUCACUUUCUUCAUCUUGAAUGUAGGGAAUAGGACUAAAUUAUAUGAUUUUUACUGAUGAAAAUGGUUUUUAAGUUGCAUUCUUGUGCUGUUUCUAAAAUCACAUGAUAGUACAGCUUUAAUAAAAUGGACACCACGGAUGUUUGCACAGCUGA